CAUGGGUAGCAAAUAAUAUAGUUAUAUAUCCUCCAUGUGGAGGCUUUGUUUAGACGCGAAGUGCUGUGAAUUUCGCGUUUUGCCAAAGGUGUCUCUUUAUGCAUUACGACAAUCAGACAACCUUGUUCCUGGCUCUAUAUAUCCAUUUAUAAACCUAAACAGUCGAUCAGUAGCAACAUCCCGUUAUAGUUCAGUCAAUUUCAUAAGGCGUAUAAAAUCGCUGGAUGAAUUGCAUGAUAUAUGCGUAGCAUCAUCUUAUGACACUGGCGAUAUUCUAUUCGGAAAAGGUAUCAAUAUUGUAUACCAGCUCUACAUUGCAAGACUACUUUAUACUUCUGGUGUUUUUGACGGUGCUGCGUCCGUGGAUUCUAUUGGUCACCUAGAUUUUGCGGAAUGUGUCACAUGGCAUUUGCUGCGAUCGAUACUCGACUCUACAUCCACCUGGGCGGUUUCAAACCCCCGUAAUAAGCAUUUGGUCGGCCUGGCGUGGUAUUCCAGCAAACUUGCUACUGCUCUAUUCCUUGGCCAUACUGCACCUUGUGUAACUACACCACCACUUGUUGGAAAGCUGAUUUUUCCAGGUGUUGUUGAAUGCAGCCGCGAAUCAGUGCGUAAUUCAUUGGCAAAGCAUGCCUUAGAAGUUGUUGUUACCGUGUUGUCAUAUAUUCAUGCUGACGCUCGGCCUUUGAACGGUAAGGAUAUACAACAGCUACUGAUGCUUUGUUGCGAGCCCGUAUUUCAACUGACUAUGGAAAAUAGUGGUACAAACAAUAUACCUAGCGAUUUCAAUCGUGAGUUGGAGGAUGCCCGGCGUGCAGCGCUGCGCUCUAUAGAACACCUGGCUGAGCAGUAUGCUGGUGUUAUGGACGAUUCAGAGCUGCUGAGCGUGUUUGUCUCAUGUUGUACCAAGGAUGUUAGGUCAUCAGUCAUAGCAUUUUUAGCCCAGUCAUUAAGGGAACGCAUGAGCACCGGGCGACUUAACGUCUCCUUGCGCGACUUCACGGCAUUGUUCAAUACAUCAAAGACAUACAAUGUACCGGGUGACAUUUUAACCCAGGUCAUAGACCACUUGUCCCGUUCAAGGUUUAACACUGGUGAUGAAACCAUAUUGAAUCGUGAUAAUGAAGUAUAUGCAACGGAUAAUCCCACUAACGGCAUUGAAUCCAUGCCAACAAUGAAUUCAUCAUUGGUUGAUUUCGGCCGCUUUUGUAAAUCGUUGUACCACCUACAUUGCAACAAGACGCUGUUAGGUGGUAUAGACCGUUGUUUGUGCAGUAUACUGGAAUCAUUCAAAUUCAACCAUCGCAUGCCAAGGGGUAGAAACGGACCCCGAGGAAUGAAUUCAGGUGUUGUUGCCAUAUGCUCCACGAUCCAUCUACUUGCACGCAACGGCUACACAGAGAGUAGAUCUGUUGACCACAUAUUGCCACUGCUGCCGUCAAUCCCGUGGGAUGACUGUAUCCAAGACGAUAUGAUUCUAUUGGCCGAUUUAUGUUGGAGCCUGUUAACGCUCCAUGUUGAUGCAUCUAGAUUAGCACCCUGCUUCGACCGAUUGCUACGAACUCUAAACGAUAUGCCGUUGAAGCACUGUGUUAAGUUACUAGGCGGACUGUACAACUCAUUGGGGUCCACCGGCAUUACAUCGGAAGAUGUGGAGACAAAUGACAACGAACGCGUGCCUAUGGACGACCUGCUAUCAUAUACACUUAACGAAAGCUGCGAGACUCUAGACAAUACAAGUCUGCUGUCCUCCAUUGCAAUGAACUCCACGGAUACCGAUAAGCGAAGCCAAGCAGCGCAUGUAUACACCCGUUCACUUAGAUCGCUGUACAUGAACCGGUUUAAGGAAGUUGACGAUGUGCAGAAUAUAUCGAACUUCAUGUUUUACAUUACAUCCAUAUUGAAUGACCUCAAUACUGAUGAACUCACCCGGUUGUGUGACCACUGGGUAUAUACCUCCUCCAUCAAGGGGUCGCCAAUCAAGGUUGAAGCCCUAAGCCAGGUGUUAUGGUCACUCCAGAAGAGCCGUGUACUGCACGAGCCCCUACUUACCCGAGUACUCCAUAUACUAAAGGAUAAGCUCUGGUCAUGCUCUAUAGGCCAGCUGGCGUUAAUGUCACAUACACUAUUGACAUUUAACGUGAACACUCCGGAUAUAUUGGUGCCGUUAUUGUCACGUGUCGAGCACCUAGUCAACAACGAGCAAUCCAAUCUCGCCAGGGAUGUCUAUACCAUAAAGUUGGUAUCUGUUCUAUGGUCCGUAGCAUUGUCCGAUAUCACUUCAUUGGGCCAUGGUGACAUACAACGGGUGCUACACCUGCUGUCUCGUGUUGAUUGGCAGCUGUUCAUGCGGUCAUGCCGCCACCAGGAUCUCCGCAAGGUGCUCCAAAUAGUCACAAGCAUAGAAGUUGAACUGUGCCACUUGAGGGAUAACGAGCUGUUCCGCGGUCUUUUGUGCGCCGUCCCUGAUUACGUGAAGUCUGCGGCUAUCGACGUAACACGCUCCGUCAGUACCAUAGCUCCAGUGUCAGCAUCUCAAGAUAAGGCCCGCCGGUGUCUCUUGUCCUACGGGACCGAUUUCAAAUGUGAAUUUGAAAUAUACCACGGUAUAACCGUUGAUUUUGCAAUAUCACGCGGAGAACCGUCCACGGGAUUCAAUCCCGAUUUAGUAAUAGAAAUAGACGGCCCGUUUCACUACAACAUACUAUGUGGCACCUCAUCACUACCAUAUAUACAGUGUGGUAACCUCCGGUUAAUAGCUAACGGCAAAACUGAAUUCCGUAACCGGAUACUACGCAAGUUGGGCUAUGCUGUUGAGCCCAUUUCAUGGAUGGAGGCACAUAUUCGUCCAAUCCAUAACAUACUAGGUGUCAUAUUACGCCGACACCGCUAUUGCACCAAGCGGAAGUAAGUGAACUCG